AUGGUAGGAAACAAGGGCAGGGGUGCGGGAAAUCAAGGGCAGGGAGGGGAGAAGCAAUGGGUGAGGGGAAAACAAGGGAGGGGCAGAGGGGGGGCAGGGAGGGAAGAAACGUGGGGCAGGGAGGGGAGAAGCCAAAGACAGGGGCAUGGGCAGGCGGGGGCAGGGAGGGAGCAAAGGAGAGGCACGGAGAAAGAAAGGGAGGCGCGGGGAGGGGAGAAACCGGGCGUGGGGGGGCGGAAAAUGAGGGGCAGGGCGGGGAGGAGGGAGGGGCAGGGAGGGGAGAAGCUGAGCACACGGAGGGGGGAAAGGUGGGGCAGGGAGGUAGGAAGCCAAGGGCAAGGGGGGGAGAGUGGGGGAGCAGGGAGAGGGGGGAGGUGGGGAGCGGAGAAAGGCGGCGAGGGGCAGGGAGGGGAGAAACCAAGCAUAGGGGGGCGAGAUACGAGGGGCAGGGUGCGGAUUGAGGAGGGGCAGGGAGUGGAGUGGGUCGGCGAGGGGAAGGAAGAGGCGUGCAGCAGAGGAGGGGAGGGGGGAGGAGAAGGUAAACGAGGGGAGCGCACGGGCGGGGAGGAGCGAAUGGCGGGCGGUGGGAAACGGCGAGGGGGGCAGGGAGGGUCAAAAGAGGCGGCAAGGGAGCGGGCACGCGGAGGGUGGGGGCGGGGGGGAGCGGAUGGCAUGAGGAGGCAGGGGGCUUGCCCGUGCGAAGAAACGCCCCGUGCGCACCACCGUUGGGCGGUUGGAAGCCGCACACGGUCGCGGGGGUGGAGAGCGGAAACGGGCAGCCGGGGGAGGGUGGGGGCGGUUGGAUGGGACUGGGGUGUACGGGGGGCAGGGGAGUUGAGGGGGCAAGGGGAGGGGCAGCAACGGGCAGGGGCUGGGCCAGCUGAGGGCACGGAAAAGGGGCGGGCAGAGGGUGAGCAGCGGGGCGAGCGAUGCAAGGGAGGCACCAUAGGGGGGAAACCAGUUGCACGGAGGUGGGAGGUGAGGGGCGUGCGAGGGGGUGGGAAAGGGGCAGGGAGGGGCGGAAUGGGAGGACGUGGGUGGGGGGUGGGGGAGGGGAGUGGAGGGGAGAAGCAAUGGGUGAGGGGAAAACAAGGGAGGGGCAGAGGGGGGGCAGGGAGGGAAGAAACGUGGGGCAGGGAGGGGAGAAGCCAAAGACAGGGGCAUGGGCAGGCGGGGGCAGGGAGGGAGCAAAGGAGAGGCACGGAGAAAGAAAGGGAGGCGCGGGGAGGGGAGAAACCGGGCGUGGGGGGGCGGAAAAUGAGGGGCAGGGCGGGGAGGAGGGAGGGGCAGGGAGGGGAGAAGCUGAGCACACGGAGGGGGGAAAGGUGGGGCAGGGAGGUAGGAAGCCAAGGGCAAGGGGGGGAGAGUGGGGGAGCAGGGAGAGGGGGGAGGUGGGGAGCGGAGAAAGGCGGCGAGGGGCAGGGAGGGGAGAAACCAAGCAUAGGGGGGCGAGAUACGAGGGGCAGGGUGCGGAUUGAGGAGGGGCAGGGAGUGGAGUGGGUCGGCGAGGGGAAGGAAGAGGCGUGCAGCAGAGGAGGGGAGGGGGGAGGAGAAGGUAAACGAGGGGAGCGCACGGGCGGGGAGGAGCGAAUGGCGGGCGGUGGGAAACGGCGAGGGGGGCAGGGAGGGUCAAAAGAGGCGGCAAGGGAGCGGGCACGCGGAGGGUGGGGGCGGGGGGGAGCGGAUGGCAUGAGGAGGCAGGGGGCUUGCCCGUGCGAAGAAACGCCCCGUGCGCACCACCGUUGGGCGGUUGGAAGCCGCACACGGUCGCGGGGGUGGAGAGCGGAAACGGGCAGCCGGGGGAGGGUGGGGGCGGUUGGAUGGGACUGGGGUGUACGGGGGGCAGGGGAGUUGAGGGGGCAAGGGGAGGGGCAGCAACGGGCAGGGGCUGGGCCAGCUGAGGGCACGGAAAAGGGGCGGGCAGAGGGUGAGCAGCGGGGCGAGCGAUGCAAGGGAGGCACCAUAGGGGGGAAACCAGUUGCACGGAGGUGGGAGGUGAGGGGCGUGCGAGGGGGUGGGAAAGGGGCAGGGAGGGGCGGAAUGGGAGGACGUGGGUGGGGGGUGGGGGAGGGGAGUGGAGGGGAGAAGCAAUGGGUGAGGGGAAAACAAGGGAGGGGCAGAGGGGGGGCAGGGAGGGAAGAAACGUGGGGCAGGGAGGGGAGAAGCCAAAGACAGGGGCAUGGGCAGGCGGGGGCAGGGAGGGAGCAAAGGAGAGGCACGGAGAAAGAAAGGGAGGCGCGGGGAGGGGAGAAACCGGGCGUGGGGGGGCGGAAAAUGAGGGGCAGGGCGGGGAGGAGGGAGGGGCAGGGAGGGGAGAAGCUGAGCACACGGAGGGGGGAAAGGUGGGGCAGGGAGGUAGGAAGCCAAGGGCAAGGGGGGGAGAGUGGGGGAGCAGGGAGAGGGGGGAGGUGGGGAGCGGAGAAAGGCGGCGAGGGGCAGGGAGGGGAGAAACCAAGCAUAGGGGGGCGAGAUACGAGGGGCAGGGUGCGGAUUGAGGAGGGGCAGGGAGUGGAGUGGGUCGGCGAGGGGAAGGAAGAGGCGUGCAGCAGAGGAGGGAAGGGGGGAGGAGAAGGUAAACGAGGGGAGCGCACGGGCGGGGAGGAGCGAAUGGCGGGCGGUGGGAAACGGCGAGGGGGGCAGGGAGGGUCAAAAGAGGCGGCAAGGGAGCGGGCACGCGGAGGGUGGGGGCGGGGGGGAGCGGAUGGCAUGAGGAGGCAGGGGGCUUGCCCGUGCGAAGAAACGCCCCGUGCGCACCACCGUUGGGCGGUUGGAAGCCGCACACGGUCGCGGGGGUGGAGAGCGGAAACGGGCAGCCGGGGGAGGGUGGGGGCGGUUGGAUGGGACUGGGGUGUACGGGGAGCAGGGGAGUUGAGGGGGCAAGGGGAGGGGCAGCAACGGGCAGGGGCUGGGCCAGCUGAGGGCACGGAAAAGGGGCGGGCAGAGGGUGAGCAGAGGGGCGAGCGAUGCAAGGGAGGCACCAUAGGGGGGAAACCAGUUGCACGGAGGUGGGAGGUGAGGGGCGUGCGAGGGGGUGGGAAAGGGGCAGGGAGGGGCGGAAUGGGAGGACGUGGGUGGGGGGUGGGGGAGGGGAGUGGAGGGGAGAAGCAAUGGGUGAGGGGAAAACAAGGGAGGGGCAGAGGGGGGGCAGGGAGGGAAGAAACGUGGGGCAGGGAGGGGAGAAGCCAAAGACAGGGGCAUGGGCAGGCGGGGGCAGGGAGGGAGCAAAGGAGAGGCACGGAGAAAGAAAGGGAGGCGCGGGGAGGGGAGAAACCGGGCGUGGGGGGGCGGAAAAUGAGGGGCAGGGCGGGGAGGAGGGAGGGGCAGGGAGGGGAGAAGCUGAGCACACGGAGGGGGGAAAGGUGGGGCAGGGAGGUAGGAAGCCAAGGGCAAGGGGGGGAGAGUGGGGGAGCAGGGAGAGGGGGGAGGUGGGGAGCGGAGAAAGGCGGCGAGGGGCAGGGAGGGGAGAAACCAAGCAUAGGGGGGCGAGAUACGAGGGGCAGGGUGCGGAUUGAGGAGGGGCAGGGAGUGGAGUGGGUCGGCGAGGGGAAGGAAGAGGCGUGCAGCAGAGGAGGGAAGGGGGGAGGAGAAGGUAAACGAGGGGAGCGCACGGGCGGGGAGGAGCGAAUGGCGGGCGGUGGGAAACGGCGAGGGGGGCAGGGAGGGUCAAAAGAGGCGGCAAGGGAGCGGGCACGCGGAGGGUGGGGGCGGGGGGGAGCGGAUGGCAUGAGGAGGCAGGGGGUGUGA